AUGCUGAGUGAUUAAUUUGAUUACCCUAUUUCAGGGGGGGAAUUAUACACUUACAUAAACACAAUAUUUUUAGUAUUGCAUUAAUUCAUUCAUUUUAAGACUAAAACAAGUACUCCUUAUUUGAGAAAUCUCUAAAUUGAACCAAUCUUAAUUUAAUUGUCCGAAGCCGGUGCAAUCAAUCUAUCAAAACUAGCUGUAGGUACAUAUUUGCAGGAUUUCAUUCUAUCAAUCUCAAAGGAGAAAUUGGGAUAAAUGAAUAUAUAAUAUUCCUAAGGAAUAAACCAAAACAAAUGCCAACAGGUGGAAGAAUGGAUUAAAGAGGAAAUUAGAUCAAUUACAAGUGGAUAAACAUUUCUAAAAAUUGAUCACCUGUUGGAUGAAGCUAGAAAUUAAAAAACUAAUAGAUUGAUUGAGAAUGUAGGAAAUAUCAGUUUAAAAUAUGAAGAUAAUGUUGUUUAAUUGGCAUUGGAAAGGAAAAGAGCAGCUUUGUUGAAAACUGAAAAUUAUGAUGAGGAGGAAGCAAAAAGAAAGUUUACAGAAAGAGGACUUUAAAUAUGCGAAAAUUUUACAAGAGAUAAAUGUCGAAAUGUUUAAUGUCAGAAAACUCAUUUUAGAAAGAUACUCAAAGCAAAUACAUAGACAAAAUUAGGUAAUUGUACAUAUUUGGAUUAAUGUCCUGAGUAAGAAUAAUGUAAAUACAUACAUUACAUUCUCGAUGGAAAUGAUGUGGAUUGGCAAAAAAGAAUUUAGACAGCACUAUCUAAUCAUAAGAGCAUGCCACCUUAAUGGAUAAAUUGUGAUUUAAGAAUUUUCGAUUUUAGAGUCUUAGGAAAAUUUGAUGUUAUCAUGGCUGAUCCUCCUUGGGAUAUCCAUAUGAAUUUACCUUAUGGAACUUUAAAAGACAAGGAAAUGAAAGCACUUAGAGUAGAUUUAUUGCAGAAUGAUGGAAUCAUUUUCUUAUGGGUCACAGGUAGAGCUAUGGAGUUGGGAAGAGAGUGCUUAAUUCUUUGGGGUUACAGAAGAGUUGAAGAAUUGGUUUGGAUUAAAGUAAAUCAAUUGCAUCGUAUUAUCAGAACAGGAAGAACUGGCCAUUGGCUCAAUCAUAGCAAAGAACACUGUUUGAUUGGAAUCAAAGGAAAUCCUCAAUUAAUUAAAGGAUUAGAUUGUGAUGUCAUUGUCUCAGAAGUUAGAGAAACCUCCCGAAAGCCCGAUGAAGUUUAUGGUAUUAUAAACAGAAUGUGUCCAAAUGGAAAAAAAGUAGAAUUGUUUGGAAGACCUCAUAAUUGUAGACCUAAUUGGAUCACUCUAGGCAAUCAACUUCCAGGAGUCUAUCUCAAAGAUGAUGGAAUAAGACAAAGAUUUAUGGAAGCUUAUCCAAGUGUAGAUAUUUCAGAAAACAACAUGAAUGAUAAUUUGGUUUAGAUGUCGAAUCAAGAAAACUUAAAUGUUAUUUAUAACAAUCAUAUCGGAAAAAAAGAAUGA